AAAAGCAUCUGCAUUCUUUGCUUCUUCUAAAGUUUCAUUUUUAUUUUUUAUUUUUUUAAAUGAAAAUCCACCAGCUGCAUUUCUUUCAACACAUUGGGGGCGCAAUUUCAAUUAUUGUGUUUCCAUUUUUAUUGGGCAGCGGCAAAGAAAAUGAAUGCCUAUCUGACUUCUCAUGGUGUUUUGAUCUGACCCUUUUGAUUUAAAGUCGCCUUAGCUCGUUUAUGAAUCCCAAUAUGAACUUCUAAUUGGGAAGUUCAAUGGUUUCUGAAUUGAAUGCUCGUAAUAAAUAAGACCUUCUGUGGUUCUUUUGGAUCUUUGGAAUUGGAUGCUUGAUGAGAGUCUGUUUCUUUUAGGUCGCAUGUUUGUUUAGACUCACUUCACAAAGUUCGUUGCUUUUGUCUUAAGAUUUGGCAUUUUCUUUCUUUGAUUUUCUUUUGAAAUUCGGUUACUGAAGAGGUCGAUUCAGUUCCAAUUCAGUCGGUUCAGGAUAGGAAAACAAAGCAAAACCACGAGCCAUUGAUAAAGCAAGUGGGAUUUUUCACUGUUUGGUAGGGUGGGGGACAUUGAAUGGCAUUCUAAGCAUGUUGGGAUUUUGAGGAUUUUUUUGGAUGAAAUGACAUCUGAUAUCCAAUCAGAGAUGACACACAGUAUGAGAUCAAGCCGGUCAUCCUUUGGCUCCAGCAAUGGAUUUGAAACCCCGGUGAACAAUUCAUAUAUUACCUCCAAUGGAGAUGAUUAUGACAGCGAUGGUUCAAAUUUUGCCCCACCCACUCCGAAAACUCUGUCAACAGCUCUUCCGCCUGAAUUUGCUGCUGCCAUACCUUUGAUUGAUAAAUUUCAAGUAGAGGGUUUCUUGAGGGCUAUGCAAAAGCAGAUUCAUUCUGCUGGUAAACGUGGUUUCUUUUCGAAAAGGUCGGUGGGGUCUCAAGUUCGAGAGAAGUUUACCUUUGAGGACAUGUUGAGCUUUCAAAAGGACCCUAUUCCAACCUCUUUGUUGCGGAUAAACGUUGACUUGGUUAGUAGGGCGACUAAAUUGUUCCAAAACAUUUUGAAGUAUAUGGGAGUUGAUUCCUCAGAUAGACCGAAUUCAGCUAGUUUAGACGAACGUAUUGAGAUUGUUGGCAAACUAUAUAAGCAGGCCUUGAAGCGGUCUGAACUUCGGGAUGAACUUUUCGUACAAGUAUCGAAGCAAACCAGAAGAAAUCCAGAAAGGCACUAUUUGAUAAGAGCAUGGGAGUUAAUGUACUUAUUUGCAUCCUGCAUGCCUCCUAGCAAAGAAAUUGGUGGGUAUUUAUCUGAAUACAUCCAUAAUGUAGCACACGGAUCCAGUGCUGAUUCUGAAGUCCAAGUGUUGGCAUUAAACACAUUGAAUGCUUUAAAGCAUUCUGUUAAGGCUGGUCCCAGGCAUGUAAUACCCGGCCGGGAAGAAAUUGAAGCUCGCUUAACUGGUAAAAAGCUUACAACCAUAGUGUUUUUCCUGGAUGAAACUUUUGAGGAGAUCACUUAUGACAUGGCAACUACUGUAGCUGAUGCUGUCGAGGAGCUCGCUGGAAUCAUCAAGUUGACAUCACAUUCUAGCUUCAGCCUGUUUGAGUGCCGUAAAGUUGUCACAGGUUCUAAAUCACCGGAUAGUGGCAAUGAGGAGUAUAUUGGAUUGGAUGAUAACAAAUAUAUUGGCGAUUUACUGGCUGACUUUAAAGCCUCAAAAGAUCGAAGUAAAGGAGAAAUUUUGCACUGCAAGCUGACUUUUAAAAAGAAGCUGUUCCGAGAGGCAGAUGAAACCAUAACAGACUCAAUGUUUGUGCAGUUAUGCUAUGUCCAACUGCAACAUGAUUACAUACUGGGUAAUUAUCCUGUUGGAAGAGAUGAUGCAGCACAGCUGUCUGCCCUGCAAAUUUUGGUUGAGGUUGGUUUCAUUGAAGGUCCUGAAUCAAGCACAGACUGGACAUCACUUCUCGAGCAAUUUUUGCCCAGACAAGUUGCAAUGACUCGUGGAAAGAGAGAGUGGGAAAUGGACAUCAUUUCUAGAUACCGGACAAUGCAAAAUUUGACAAAAGAUGACGCCAGGCAACAAUUUUUGAGGAUAUUGAGAACCCUUCCUUAUGGUAAUUCAGUGUUUUUCGCCGUUCGUAAGAUUGACGAUCCAAUCGGUCUGCUACCAGGAAAAAUAAUUCUUGGCAUUAAUAAACGAGGGGUUCACUUUUUUCGUCCAGUUCCGAAAGAGUAUUUACAUUCAGCUGAAUUGAGAGAUAUUAUGCAAUUUGGUAGUAGUAACUCCGCUGUGUUUUUCAAGAUGAGAGUUGCUGGGGUUCUACAUAUAUUUCAGUUUGAGACUAGGCAGGGGGAAGAAAUAUGUGUUGCUCUUCAGACACAUAUAAAUGAUGUGAUGCUACGUCGGUAUUCAAAGGCACGGUCUGCAGCCAAUGGUGUGACAAAUGGAGAAAUUCCAUCAAAUAAUCAGAAGCCUCCUACAGUAGAGGUUUAUGAGCUGCGUGUUCAAGAGUUGUCUAGAGCUCUUGAUGAUUCACAAAAGAAAACAAACCAAUUGCUUGAAGAUUUAAAUGAGCAAAAAAAGCAGGAAAUGGCAUUGCAUGAACAACUAGAAAGUUUGAAAGCUUUCUCGAGAUCAGAAAAGCAAAGUUUGGCAGAAGUUAUGUCUGAGAGGGACAAAUUAAGAUUGUUAUGUGAUGAAAGGGAUUCGGCUCUCCAGGCUCUUCUUAUGGACAAAAGGAGUGUGGAACUCAAACUUGCAAAGCUAAGCAGUCAAGGCUUGGAGAAAAAUAUUAGGAAAGAGCUGGUUGAAGCCAAUAAUCAGAUCUUGAACAAGAUCCAAGAUGAAUUAAAAGCACGGACACUGGAGUUACAUGCUGCUGAAGAAAGCAAGAGAAAACUCCUAGCUGAAAAAGUUUCCUUGGAGGAGAGAAUAUCAACACUAGAAAAGAAGAAAAUGGACGAGGCUGAAUUUCUCCAGAAAACUGCUGAACAUGAACAAAAAUCCUUGAAGCUACGAGUUGUCGAACUUGAAAGGAAGUUAGAUGAAGCCACUCAGAAAUUGUCGACUGUGCAGACAGCUCUUUCAAGUAAAGAUGCUGAGUUGAUAAUGUAUCAAAAUAACCUCAAGGAAUUGGAGGACCUUAGGGAAAUGAAAGAGGACAUUGAUAGGAAAAAUGAGCAGACUGCUGCAAUACUAAAGAAACAGGCAGCACAAUUAGCUGAAAUGGAGGCACUUUACAGGGAAGAACAGGUUUUGAGAAAGCGGUAUUACAAUACGAUAGAAGAUAUGAAAGGCAAGAUAAGAGUAUAUUGUAGAUUGAGGCCUCUUAGUGGGAAAGAAAUUGCCAAGAAGGAAAAGAAUGUGCUCAUAUGUGCUGAUGAGUUCACAGUUGAACAUAUUUGGAAAGAUGAAACUAAACAACACAUGUAUGAUCGUGUGUUCGAUGGAUUUGCCUCUCAGGAUGAUGUUUUUGAGGAUACAAAGUAUUUGGUGCAAUCUGCUGUUGAUGGGUUUAAUGUCUGCAUUUUUGCAUACGGACAAACCGGUUCUGGAAAGACACAUACAAUCUAUGGAUCUGAUAGUAAUCCUGGUUUGACUCCUCGUGCAAUCUCAGAGCUUUUCAAGAUUAUGAAGCGAGAAAGUAACAAAUUCUCAUUUUCUUUGAAGGCAUACAUGGUGGAAUUAUAUCAAGACACUCUAUUAGAUCUGUUAUUGCCCAAAAAUGCCAACCAGCUCAAGCUAGAUAUCAAAAAGGAUUCAAAGGGCAUGGUGGCUGUGGAAAAUGUGACAGUUGUGCCUAUUUCAUCAUAUGAUGAGCUUAUGAGUGUUAUGCAACAAGGAUCUGGACAACGCCAUACCACUGGUACCCUGAUGAAUGAACAUAGUUCAAGAUCUCAUCUUAUUCUUUCAAUUGUAAUUGAAAGUACGAACCUGCAGACUCAAUCUGUUGCUCGAGGAAAGCUGAGUUUUGUUGAUCUUGCCGGUUCUGAGAGGGUAAAAAAGUCUGGCUCUUCUGGAAGUCAAUUGAAGGAAGCUCAAAGUAUCAAUAAGUCACUCUCUGCCCUUGGAGAUGUAAUUAGUGCUCUUUCUUCUGGUAGCCAGCACAUCCCUUACAGAAAUCACAAAUUGACAAUGUUGAUGAGUGAUUCCCUCGGUGGUAAUGCAAAAACAUUAAUGUUUGUAAAUAUUUCACCCGCCGAAUCAAACCUCGAUGAGAGCUACAAUUCUCUAGUGUAUGCAUCAAGAGUUCGCACCAUUGUGAAUGAUCCAAGUAAAAAUGUCGCAUCAAAAGAAGUGGCUCGUCUGAGGAAGCUAGUGGCAUAUUGGAAGGAACAAGCUGGCCGGAAGGGAGAAGAUGAGGACCUGGAGGAGAUCCAAGAAGAAAGAAUCCCAAAAGAGAAACCUGACAGUCGUCAUUCCAUGUGAUCAAGGAGUCAUCCGAAACUGUAAACUUCUUUGAGAAAGACUUUGUAGGUCUUAGGUGCAAGUUCAACAGCAAUAUUUUAUAAAUCUGUGAUUGCUCCAUUGCAUCUUUUGGCUAAUGUAUUGCCCAGUUGAAUUCUAACUUUUGACGUGUUAGCCUGGUAGGAAGGGUAAUUACUAAUCCUAGGAAAGUCUUAUGUUAGUGCUGUAUAGUGGAAAUCAUGUAUAUUUUAUCUCAGCUAACUACCAAAUUAUGGAUGAUAUGAAUGGAUUUGGAUCUCAUUUUGACAAUUCUUUUAGAAUUGUAUAUCAUAGUUGCCAUUCUCAAGGAUUAACUAUGAAGUGAAGUUCAUUUUGUUGACAGUUGCAAGUUACUGCCAAGUCCGUUCCAA